AUGGUCUCCGCAACAGAUAACAACGAAAACACCCCUCUUCUGGAAAGUUCUCGAUCUCAACAGGGAAUACUAAGCAAGAUUCUUCCCCGAUGGACGUGGAUUCAAUGGAGGGUAAUGCUAAUCGCAGCCUUCCUGAUGUUUUCUGUCAAUUUUGGGCAUUUCGUAGGGACAGCUCCACAAUUAAAGAUAUUCGAGGACAUCAUUUGUGAAAACUACAAGCGGUCCCUCGACCAGGAGGCUGCACAUGCGAAUAUAUAUAUUGACAGUAUUUGCAAAUCAGAGCAUGUACAGAGCGAGCUUGCUUUAAUCAGUGGAUGGAAGAACACUCUUGAUGUUUUACCAGCCCUUGCUCUGGCCCUGCCUUAUGGCGUUCUGGCGGACAAAAUUGGACGAAGACCCUUUGUUAUCCUUUCCACAGCAGCGACAGCAUUGAGUGAAUGCUGGCCGAGAGUUCUCUGCUGGUUCAACUGGCCUCUCCGCCUAGUUUGGUUGACUGGGAUGUUUCGAGCACCCGGAGGUGGUGAUCAGUUUGCUAUGUUCAUGCUAAUGACCAUCAUAGCUGACGUUUUCAAUGAAGAGCAAAGAGCUACCGCUUUAUUUUGUUUGGUCUCAUUGCCUAACAUCGCCGAAGUGGUAGCGACUCCUAUCAGUGCAACCACCAUGAUUAUUAACCCGUGGAUUCCAUUUAUGCUAGGCCCAAUUUUCGUACUUGUCGGAGCCGCAUUCAGCGUCUUGGUUCCUGAAACCCUUGAUGAAUCAAAUAGAAGACUGGUGCUGGAGGACCCUGGCGAUCAGGAAAUUGCAGGACCUCUUCAGGCAUCAUUAUUAAAACGGAGCUUGCUUCGUCUUGCCAUCAGCAAAGCAGAACACUUUGUCACUGAAACGGAAUUCAUAUGGAGAAACCCCAGACUUCUUAUUUGUCUGGCGGUUGUUUUGGCCGGCAUUCUAGAUAGAAGUUCUUCGUUUCUGCUCAUGCAGUAUGCAUCUACAAAGUACCACUGGAGUAUCUCUCAAGCAAGCUAUCUGAAUUUAAUUCGAAGCUGCAUGACUCUAGCAACUUUCCUCGUGUUUGUGCCGCUAUUGUCGUCCUUUCUUAUCCGGCGAUUGCAUUGCACCACUCUGAAAAAAGACCUAACUAUCUCCAGAAUCGCCGCAGUAUCUGGCAUAAUAGGUUAUUUCUUGAUCUUCAUCGCAUCUGGCCCAAUACCACUCAUUAUCGGGUGUCUAUUUCUAUCACUCUCCAUGCCAUUCGUGGUCGCGAUUAUCAGCGUCGCCACUUCUUUCACUCCAGCGGAACAUGUCGCGACUCUGUACACGGCCAUGUCCGUAUCCCAAUCAAUUGGUAUCAUCAUAGCCGGGCCAGUCUUUGCCAAAUUGUAUGCUGCAGGUAUGCACAUGGGAAUUGAGUGGUCAGGCCUUCCAUUUGCCGUUGCCGGAUCUCUUUUUGCUGUGAUUUUGAUCCCGCUUCUAUUUCUGGGGAUGGAUUCCUAA